GCACCUUCCGUUGCUCUUUUUCUCCCUCUAUAUUAUCACCUAUCCCUCCCCAUUGGUUUCUCGAAACAAAGUUAUUCCAUAAUCCAAAAGCUCGUACCAUGCUCUCUUCCCUCCCCAUCUCAAAUUCUGUCUCCCUUUCGUCAAUUUCUCCUCCGACAGCUUCCCGUCUCCGAUUCCGACCACCUCUCGCCGCCGCCUCCACCGCCUCUUUUACUUCAAAACAACAAAAAGCUUCUCCCAGAGGUUACCUUAGCCGUCCAGGAAUGGCAGCGUGCACAUCUUUGUACGAGGUGCUGGGGAUUUCUGUCGGCGCUUCGAACCAGGAAAUCAAGGCGGCGUACCGCCGAUUGGCAAGGGUUUGCCACCCCGAUGUGGUGACAAUCGAUCGGAAAGACUCAUCGGCCGAUGAAUUCAUGAAGAUCCAUGCGGCCUACAGUACCUUAUCGGAUCCCGAGAAACGAGCCGUAUAUGAUAGUAAGCUUAUCUGGAGAUGCCAACGGCCGUUGACUUCGGCUUCUAGGUUUUCUAGUUAUACCGGGAGGAGUUGGGAGACCGAUCAGUGCUGGUAAAUUAGUUGACUCACUCCAUCAGCCUACUGAGUUGGAGGUUGAACUCAUCAACGUUUCUUAAAAAUCUGUACAGUUAGAUUAUAUCCCAGCAAAAAAAAAAAAAAAACUGAUUGACUAACGAAAAAGAAAGCAAAAAGCAAAGAGCGGUGGGCCGUGGGUUUUGGUGGAGAAAUCAGAGGUGUUGAUAGUGGUACGUAAGAGCUCUGCUCUUUUUUUUGCCCUGUGCCCGGCAUCUACAAAAGAUGGACCCUUCCAUUGUACUUUCAGUACUAUUUCACAGUGAUUAAAAUCAUAAUUACAAAAUUAAAAUGACAAA